AUGUCGGGAGAGCCGAAUGGGUUUGUGGAGCCUAGGUAUGAGUUUUCAUCCAAUUUUGACCGAGUCCAUGCAUCUCAGGAUGCUGAUGAUGGAAUGAACGACGAAACCGUGCCGGUAGAGGAAGCAGAAGCGAUGGAUUCGUUUGCCGCAGAUGCGGACCUAGAUGCAAAAGCAGCAGUGAGGAUUGUUGACGAGAUAGGGUCCUUUGGCGCAAUUGAAUUUUCUUCCCUGACAGCCAAGGACGUCCUUACGACAGAGUUCACAAGCCUACAGGGAGCUUAUGACUAUUACAACGAAUACGGUCGCAUCAAGGUAUUCUCGAUCAGGAGGUCCAAGGUGGGUCGCAGCACAAAACAGGGGGAAGAGGGCGAAAUCAUUUGGCAGAUAUUUGUGUACUCGAGGGAAGGAGAGCGAGACGAGAAACACAUGCAGCGGAAAGACAGAAAGAUGGAUCCUCGACCGAUCACGCGGUGCGGGUGUGAAGCACGGAUUAAGGUCCACGUUGAUGAUGCCAGCGAACAAUGGUUUGUUGAACAAUUCUGCGAUAACCAUAAUCAUCCCAUGCUGGAUGUGAGGUUCAGGGGUCUGUCGCGGUCACACAGAGCAGUCAAGGAAAGCGAUUGCACCAAAUCAAUUUCAUGA